AUGCCUGACGAGAAGCUGCAGCGGUAUUUGGCUGAGCACUAUUACUCGGGGCCCAAGUCAGAGGCAGUACUGGAAAAGUACGGGGAUGGAAAGAAGAAGAAAAAGAAACGGAGAGCCGAUGCAGAAGGAACAGAUCCCCGAGCUGUCUUGAUUCGCGACGAAGGAUCGCUCUGGUUUGGUGAGACGGAUGAGCAUGACGAUGCAGAGGCAGAGACGGAGGCUGUACAUGUCGGUCCCAUUGUGCAGGACACUGCGCCGUCGUCGAAGCAAAGUCAAAAAUCAGGUUGGACUGCCAUUCGAAAGCCAACAUCAGAGGCGCCUUCUGCCCCCGAUACCCCCGUUCCGGAAGCGACGUCGCAGGCGGCGACGCCCGAGAUGGAAACGCGGCCGAAAGCUGGUCUGAUGUCGCGUGAGCAACUUCGAGCACAAAGAGAAGCACGGGAAGCCGCUGAGCGUGCUGCAGCGAAAGAAGAAGCUAUGCAACAAGACGAACAGUUACCGGAAGCGCAGCAGACGGUGUACCGUGACGCUCAAGGUCGACGUGUGAAUAUUGAAGAGGAAGAGGAGAGACUCAAACAAGAAGAGCAAGAGCGACUACGAAAGAAAGAGGAGCAAAAGCAAUGGAACCGUGGUCUUGUUCAGCGCCGCGAAGAGGCAGAGCAACGAGCUAUGUUGGACUCGGCUAGGCAUGAGCAACUAACAAAGUACGUGUCGCACUAUUGGGCUAAUAUUAGAUAUGCGGACGACAAGCAUUUAAACUCGGAGCUGCGUGAGCGGGUUCACUGGGACGACCCUGCACGCGCGUUCCUUACGCGACGUGCAGGCCGACGAGUAGUUCGACCACAAUACGAAGGACCUGCGCCACCACCCAAUCGAUUCGGUAUUAAACCAGGGUAUCGAUGGGAUGGUGUAGACCGAAGCAAUGGUUUUGAGCGUAAGAUGCUCAUGUCUAUCAACAAUGCGCAACGCAUCAGGACCGAACAUCAUGCUUGGUCUGCCGAGGAUAUGUAA